AGAAAGGGACUUGGGAACAUCUAUCUGCGGUUAGGCUUUUCUCUAAUCAUCUCUCCCAUUUUCUCGUCUUCUGAUGUAUCGUCGCCUCUUGUCCGUUAUCGUAGUAAACACCAAAACGUGCUUACGUCACCGUCUGCACUUGGGCAGCGACGUUAUCAGCCGCGUGGUGACUUGCUCGUCAGACCAUCGAGAAUACGAUGCCGCACGUGCUGUAUCCCGGCUAGCAUCUGACGUACUUGACCUCAGUUCAAGGACUGACUCUGACCCGACUAUAUCUCAGGCAUAAUUACCUUCCACAACUGAUUACACGGCCAGGGUAGUAGGUCUAUAUAUAAACAGCUUGGGCAGCAUUCGUUUUAUAGAGGUUCAACCAUUCGGGUUGUUCAGUUGAGAAUCGAACCAAAGCCACCAGCAACUUUACGACAUGGCAAAUAUUCCGGACGAUGCUAAGUGUCAGUACAACUUUCUGGGCAAGUCGGGUCUCCGGGUGUCCAACAUCUGCCUGGGUACCAAUACAUUUGGCGGAACCGACAGACCUGGCCAGUUGAAUGAAGCGGCAUCCCAUGAGAACAUCAAACGUUUUGUGGAAUGGGGAGGCAACUUUUUCGACACAGCAAACGUGUAUUCCAGGGGAGAAUCGGAGAAAGUUCUCGGCACCUGGCUGAGUUCGCAGGAGCGAGACCGUUUCGUCAUCGCCACCAAGGUGAGAUCAACUAUGGAGCCCGACAACCCCAACGGCGCCGGCGUUAGCAGAAAACACAUCUCGAAAAGCAUCGACGACAGUUUGAAGAGACUUCAGACUGAUUACAUCGACCUGUACCAGCUGCACUCGUGGGAUGGCGCGGUGCCCCUGGAGGAGACACUUCUAACCCUCAACGACCUGGUCAGGUGUGGCAAGGUGCGCUACCUUGGGGUCAGCAACUAUAACGGUUGGCAGCUACAGAAGAUAACCGAUCUGGCUGAGAAGAUGGGACUUAACCCCUUCAUAUCCUUACAGCAACAAUACAACCUGCUCAGCAGAUUCUCAGAGCUGGAACCAUUCCAGGUGUGUAAGGUGAACGGCAUUGGUGUGUUGCCAUACAGUCCGCUUAAAGGAGGGUUUCUGGCGGGAAAAGUAAAAAAAGGUCAAGUUCCAGAAGAAGGUCGAUUGAAGAGAAUGGCUGAGCGGGAUCAAAACCCAGCUGGUCGAGGUCAAGGACAGCCUGGCAGAGGUCAGAUGCACAACCAGUACUCGAUACUAACGAGUGAGGAGAAAAACUGGCAAAUUCUGGAGGUCUUGGAGAGAAUCGCCACUGCCAAAGGCAAAUCUAUUGCCCAGGUGGCGCUGAGGUGGUUGCUGCAGAAACCAGUGGUGUCCUCAGUUAUCAUCGGUGCAACCAAAGUGUCACAGAUAGACGACAACAUGGUUGCUGCUGCUGGCUGGGAGCUGAGUCCCGUAGAGAUGUCAGAACUGGAUAAAGUAUCGGCACCAAGCCUACCCUACCCUUACGACAGGAUCUUGAGGAUGAACAGCUCACGCGUUAACCCCUGGAAUCCUGCUGGCUACAAAGUGACGUCAUAGCGUACAGCUCUUUCUAUUGGUUCAGAUGAUUUCAUUAACUGUGCUGAUAUUCAACUGCUUAAAAUAAAGCGAGGGCUCUUCAGCAUUUCAGUUUAAUAUUUAAUUAUCUGAACAUUUUAUGCAGUCGACCCUUAUCAACCGAGUGUUCCUCGAUAACAAAUAUUCCGAAAUCCGGAAGCAUAUUUUAAUUUUUCUGAUUGAAAUUAUUUCGACCACGUUCGAUGAUAUUCACAUUCUCUAAAUAACGUUUACACACUUUAUUGCACACACACACAUAUCUCUAACAAAUAUCUCCAAAUGUCAACACCAAUUACUUUAUAACAAACUACUCAAUAAGAUAGCAUUUUAGGUUAUUUUGGAAAAUACCAUGUCUUUUUUAUUUAUUCAGUCAUAUUUAGUGUUAUGAGGGCUGGGAGCUUUAUGGGUUUCUAUUCAUAAUCGUAUUUAUUCAUAAUUCGAUUGUUCAAAUCUAUGUUUCGAGUUUUGUAGCGGUUCUUAUCGCGGAAUUUAAAAGCCUCAGAUCCUUGUCGUGGGAAUUUUAUUUGCAUGUAUUCUCAUACCAAGGUUCAACUGCUUUCUAAACAGCUGUUAUUAUUACAAUUGACAAAGGAGCUUAUUAUAAUUUUAAUCACAAUAUUCAGAUAACAUAUAUUUGAUUGAAUAGACUAUUCACCGUUUUAGAUAAAAUAUA